AUGCAGGAUCAAAUCCACUCUCCCGAUAGUGACGCCAUGGAGACUACCGAAUCCAAAGAUCCGGACAAGGAAAUCACUACACUGGCUCAAUCAAUCUCGCACGUCUCGCGCCAGAAUAGUCUGGAGGUCGACAAGCCCGAGGGCAUCAACACGUUCCUCGAUCCAACUGGAGACCCUGAACUUGACCCCAACAGUGAUACGUUCAUCUCGCGCAAAUGGGUCAGGAACAUGUUGCAAAUGGUAUCCGAUGAUGCGGACCGGCACCCGCGUCGUACAGUAGGGGUCUCGUUUCGCAAUCUCAAUGUCUUUGGCUAUGGCACCGCAGCCGACUACCAGAUGAACGUUGCCAAUACCUGGCUCAAAGCGGCGGAGUGGCUUCGAGGGGUCCUGGGAAUGGACAAGAAAGUGCGAAUCGACAUACUGCGAGAGUUUGAAGGAAUCGUGCAUAGUGGAGAGAUGUUGGUUGUUUUAGGUCGCCCGGGCAGCGGAUGCUCCACCUUUCUCAAGACCCUCGCAGGAGAAACCCAUGGGCUCUAUCUGGACAAAGACAAAAACACGGAAGUGCAUUAUGACGGCAUUUCGUGGGACGACAUGCACGGCCGUUUCCGCGGGGAGGUGAUCUACCAAGCUGAAACGGAAAUACAUUUCCCACAGCUGACGGUCGGUAAUACACUGCUGUUUGCUGCCCAGGCUCGAGCCCCAAGCAACCGUCUUCCUGGGGUGACACGAGAUCAGUAUGCAAUGCACAUGCGUGAUGUUGUAAUGGCGAUGCUUGGUCUUACUCAUACCAUGAAUACUAGAGUAGGCAAUGAAUUCAUCCGUGGGGUUUCUGGAGGUGAGAGAAAGCGGGUGAGCAUUGCUGAAACUACACUGUGUGGCGCUCCCUUGCAGUGCUGGGACAAUAGUACUCGAGGAUUGGACAGCUCUACCGCACUCGAGUUUGUCAAAAAUAUUCGUCUUUCCACAGAAUACAGCAACACAACUGCAAUCGUCGCCAUUUACCAAGCUAGUCAGUCAAUCUACGAUCUCUUUGACAAGGCAAUCGUUCUUUAUGAAGGCCGACAGAUUUACUUCGGCAAUGCUCACAAUGCCCGGCGGUUCUUUAUCGAGAUGGGCUUCGACUGUCCAGACAGACAAACUACGGCAGACUUCCUCACCUCACUGACCAGCUCAUCUGAGCGCCUCGUGAGGCCAGGGUUUGAAAGUGCUGUACCCCGGACCCCGGAUGAGUUUUCAGCUCGCUGGAAAGCUAGCCCUGAUCGGGCGCAGCUACGAGCUGAAAUUGACGCAAGCCAUAGAAAUAGCCCGGAUGGAGAAAAGUUCAAAGAGUUCAGUGUUUCUCGUGCGGCAGAGAAGUCGAAAGGUACCCGUGCAGCCUCACCGUACACUCUGUCAUAUCCAAUGCAGAUUCGUCUCUGCCUUUGGCGAGGUUUCUUACGCCUGCAGGGGGAUCUCAGCAUGACCCUUGCCACUGUCAUUGGAAACACGGCAAUGAGUCUGAUAAUCGCCAGUAUCUUUUACAAUUUAGAUGCCGAUACGGACAGCUUCUUUCGACGUGGCUCUUUGCUCUUCUUUGCAAUUCUCAUGAACGCCUUCUCAAGUGCCCUUGAGAUUAUGAUCAUGUGGCAUCAACGGUCCAUCGUGGAAAAGCAUGACAAGUAUGCUUUGUAUCACCCUUCAGCAGAAGCCAUCAGUUCUUACAUCGUGGAACUGCCCUCAAAGGUCUUGCUUGCAAUUGUGUUCAAUCUUAUUAUCUACUUCAUACCGCAUCUUCGCCGAACUCCAGGCCAUUUCUUCAUUUUCUUCCUGUUUUCCUUCACCACAACACUGACCAUGUCGAAUCUCUUCCGUUUUAUCGGAGCAAUUUCAAGAUCUAUGGCACAAGCAAUGCUUCCUGCAUCUCUGUUUAUGAUGAUUUUGAUCAUCUACACCGGAUUUACAAUUCCAGUCAGAGAUAUGCAUCCUUGGUUCAGAUGGUUAAAUUAUUUGAACCCAAUUGCGUACGCUUUUGAAUCUCUGAUGAUCAACGAGUUUAGUGGUCGACACUUUCCUUGUUCCCAGUAUGUACCGGGUAUCUUGCCCAUGUACAAGGAUGCACCGAUGAGCUCUAAGAUCUGUUCACAAAAAGGGGCAGUAGCAGGGCAGGAUUUCAUUGAUGGAGAUGCCUACAUAAAUACCACUUUUCGAUACUUCAGGUCUCAUCUGUGGCGCAAUUACGGUAUCCUCUGUGCAUUCUUUGUGGCCUUCUUGGUGAUGUACAUCCUUGCCAGCGAGCUGGUUCGGGCCAAACCGUCCAAGGGUGAAAUCCUCGUGUUUCCACGAGGAAGAAUCCCAGUCUUUGCUAGAAACCAAAAGUCCGAUCCGGAAAGAUCCAUUGGUUCGGAAAAGAGCGAUGUUGCAGUUGCUGAAACUGAAGAUCAAACCGCAGCCAUCAUCCGUCAGACAUCCAUUUUCCAUUGGGAGAAUGUCUGCUAUGACAUCAAAAUCAAAGGAACACCACGUCGAAUCUUGGACUGUGUGGAUGGCUGGGUAAAGCCAGGCACUCUGACAGCUCUCAUGGGUGUCACGGGCGCGGGAAAGACGUCUUUGCUCGAUGUUUUGGCAGAUCGUGUUACCAUGGGUGUGAUAACUGGAGAUAUGCUUGUGGACGGCCGUCCUCGAGAUGAUUCGUUUCAACGGAAGACAGGCUAUGUACAACAACAGGAUCUUCAUUUGGAGACCAGUACAGUCCGCGAGGCUUUGACUUUUAGCGCUCUUCUUCGCCAACCUGCUAGUACCCCUCGUGCUGAAAAGAUCGCCUAUGUGGAAGAAGUCAUUCACAUGCUCGGUAUGGAGGAAUAUGCAGAGGCUGUUGUGGGGGUUCUCGGUGAAGGAUUAAACGUUGAACAACGAAAGCGAUUGACCAUUGGUGUGGAGCUUGCAGCUAAGCCAGCACUAUUACUGUUCUUUGAUGAGCCAACAUCGGGUUUGGAUAGUCAAACUGCAUGGUCCAUUUGCACGUUGAUGCGGAACCUUGCCAACCAUGGUCAGGCUGUUCUGUGCACCAUCCAUCAACCUUCGGCUAUGCUUAUGCAGCAGUUUGAUCGGCUAUUGUUCUUAGCAAAAGGAGGACGUACGGUCUAUUUCGGAGAGCUCGGACAGCAUAUGAAGACAUUGAUCGAAUAUUUCGAAAGCAAGGGGUCAAUCAAAUGUCCCCCAAAUGCAAACCCCGCCGAGUGGAUGCUAGAGGUGAUCGGAGCUGCUCCAGGCUCUCACGCGGAUAGAGACUGGGCAGAUCAAUGGAACAGCAGCAGCGAGUGUGAGCAGGUUCGUCGGGACCUAGUUGCAAUGAAAGCAGAGCUGCUGGAAAAGCCUGAGCCUCCUCAAGUCGCAGGAUAUGGACAGUUUGCCAUGCCAAUAUGGUAUCAAUUCAUAAUUUGCAUUCAACGGAUGUUUCAACAGUAUUGGAGGUCCCCAGGAUAUCUCUACUCCAAAGCUGCGACAGCCAUCAUCCCUCCUCUGUUCAUCGGAUUCACCUUCUGGCAUAUGCCUACCAGUCUCCAAGGCUUGCAAAACCAGAUGUUUGCCAUUUUUAUGCUUCUGAUCAUCUUCCCCAAUCUGGUACAGCAAAUGAUGCCCAGCUUCGCUACCCAGCGCGCGUUGUAUGAGGUUCGAGAACGGCCAUCAAAAACUUAUUCGUGGAAGGCAUUCAUGGUGGCUAGUAUCUUCGUGGAAUUGCCAUGGAACAUCUUAGUUGUGCUUGCGAGCCCAUCUGACUUGCCCCGCUUCUGGAUAUUCAUGUAUCGCCUCUCCCCGUUCACGUAUCUCGUGUCUAGCGUACUCUCAACAGGAGUGGCUGGGACAACCGUGGAAUGCUCGAGCAUUGAGCUCCUCACAGUCUCGCCUCCAGCAGGUCAAAAUUGCUCUAGCUAUCUGGGCCCAUAUAUCGAUGCCCUCCAUGGCCGCCUGCUGAACCCCGAAGCGUUAACUGAUUGCGAGAUUUGCUCCUUGUCAAGGACAGACCAGUUCCUGGAGAGUCUGAAUAUGCAGUACUCGGACCACUGGCGUAAUAUUGGGAUUUUGUUUGCUUUUGUGGGGUUCAAUAUUGUUGCGGCAGUGUUCCUGUACUGGCUCAUACGUGUGCCUAAGCAAUGGUCGCGCAAGGUCAAGGCUUGA